UUUUCUUUGCGUUUAGUCCUUAGCGAAAAUACUUUGCUUCAUAGUUGAAGACAAGCCUGAAAAUCCCUAAACCAAAACCUCUCUCUCUCUCUGUUCUCUUCUCUCCUCUGAGAGAGUAUUCAUUUCCAUCAAGAGAUGAGUAUCCCAAUGGAGCUGAUGUCCAUCAGAAGCCCUAACUCAACCUUCCUCCACAGACCUCACUCUCGUCCCCCCUCCACGCUUCGCUCUCCCCGUUUCCAACACCUUCCCACCCCACGCCACCAUCUCACCGCUCCAUCUCUCGUUUCCUGUACCGGUCUACGUCUCCGGUUUACCUCAGAUACCAAGCUUAACCGCUCCUUCGUCACUUCCGCCGCUUCCCACGAGGAAUCUGAACCAUCAGGUGUUGAGGUGGAGAAGGAGAAGAGUGUAGUAGACGGUGAUGACAAUGAUAGUACAUCUCAGGAAGCGUGGAAGCAAACCCUUGCGUCUGUCAAAGAGCAGGUUUCGAAGAUUCAGAGCGUGUCCUCCGAGGCGUACAAUGUGAACUCCCAAAAGGCGAUGACUAUCUUGAAAGAUACCUCUGAGCAGCUUAGGAUUCAAGCGGAGAAGGCUAAAGAGGAGUUGGGGACGAAGGCUAAAGAGGUUGGGGAGGAAGGUAGGGAGUAUAUUUUGAAAGCAGCGGAGGAGUCUCCUUCUGAUGUGAAGGAGAUCGUUGAAGCUUUCUCUUCCAGUGAGGAUCUGAGGGAUGUGUCGAGAACUCAAGAUUUUCAUGUUGGGAUACCUUAUGGUUUGCUUUUGUUUGUGGGUGGGUUUCUUUCCUUUAUGAUAUCUGGAAGCAUUCCUGCUAUCAGGUUUGGUGUCAUUCUUGGUGGAGCUCUUUUUGCGCUGAGCAUGGCUAGUCUAAAGGCUCAGAGGAUUGGAGAGUCAUCUGCUAAGUUCUUAAAAGGACAGAUGGCGAUAGUGGCAAUCAUAUUUUUGAGAGAGUUGAAGUUGGUGCUGUUUCAGAGAUCUACUUUCAUGGGCUUUUUGACCACCCUUACAAGUGGUGGUGUGUUGGCGUUUUACGGUUACAAGUUGAUGAGCAACAAAGAAAAGGGCCUAAACAAAGAACAAGGUGGAGAAGAAGAUGAAGCAAGCGAAGGCUUUGUAAGAAGAGAAGGAUAGAGAAAUGGUAACAUGAGCUAUCAUACUCUGUUACAUGAAAUCUUAGAAUUCUCUUCUGUCUCUUUAAGUUGUGUACAACUUUUGUGAUCAAUCAUCUUCUAAACUUGUGUACUGUAUUUGGAUUUGGUGGUGUCCUUUUGCCACAUAUCAACAAACAAUAAUACGGUUAGGCUCAUCUA